AGCCAGCCAGCCAGCCAGUCCCUGGCUAGACUUCCAGAAUCCUCUUAAGUCGGAGAAGGUUCUUUUCUCUACGAAGGUCAUCGAGUACGUCUGCCGCAAUGCGAUUCAUGAUCAGGCUUAGGUACUACAUUCCAGAUGCACUGCAGCUGCAGCGCUUCUAAGGAAAUUCGUUAAUUUUGAAAAUCGCAUUUCUGGAUAUUGGACGCGGAUAUCACAAAAGUCGUCACUUCUUCCAACAAGAUCGCAGCCUCGCGUCAUGUGAUACGCAUACAGGCAUCGAAUCAAGCAACUGGCGACUGCAGAAAUGGCACCGCCCUUUACGCACUUUCAUUCGAGGAAAAGGCUCGUACUUGAAAUUUCUCUUUGGCAUUUAGAACAUUCCCAAAAGCUCAGAUGCGGAAUCCACGGGGAAGCAGGAUGCAUGAUUCAAUGAUGGAAAGCCAAAAGAAUCCUGACCGGGCUUUCGGACAGACGUCAGAGUUGGGUCAAACCCCAUGUCAGUCGUCCGCAACGCAAAAGAAGAAGAAAACUGGAAGGAGAAGGAAGAGGAUUAGAAGGAAGAAAGAAGAUGGAAGGAGGAAGAAAACUGGAAAGAGAAAGAAGAGAAUUAGAAGGAAGAAAGAAGAUGGAAGGAGGAAGAAAACUGGAAAGAGAAAGAAGAGGAUUAGAAGAUGAAGCUGAGAAGAAGAAGAAGAACAACAACAAGGAAACGGAAAUGGAGAAAUUAUAAAACAAACCGGAGUCAUUGUGACUGCUGUUGAGACCAUAAUAUCUCAACCCUCAUCAGUCGCACGAGGCGCCUCGCACGCUGAACGAUUAGAUAUUAAAGAGCACCUACCGUGUAUGUAAAACCUCGUCAUCUGUGGAUAAAGUAUUCUAGUCUCUUGCAUUAGGUCGGCAAGGAAGGAAUCUUGUACGAACGCACCACUGAGGCAACGUGUGUACCUUGUGUAUGCUUUUUAAUCCACUCCAAACUACCACUCUAUUCCUCUCGCCUACUUGCAAACUUACCAUUCCCACUUUCAGAAUCUUU